AUGAAUUCUUUGCUUCAAAAUGAAUCUGGACCCAGAGGACAGGAAUCUCUGGUCGGAAUACAGGAAACCGAUUUCCAAAGAAUUCGGCAUCACCGCAAUACAAGAACGUUUCUUGUGAGUGCUGUAAGCGUUGGGAUUUUCGCAACAGCGUUGAUACCAUUUGAAAUAUGGUGGAUUUCUGAUGCCAAUAAUUUUGGAAUUUUUAAAAGCGACUACGCAGGCUGGUUUUAUCUUUCGUAUAUGAUUGGCUCGUCAUCUGUUAAUCCUUUCAUCUAUGGAGUGUUGGACAAGAAACUUGUUGAAAGUUUUAAACGGAGUGUAAAAAGAAGGAACAACUAG